AAUCAAGAUCAGAUGACUAGGGUUAGGGUAAGAGACAUAUCCUUUUACUCGGUGACAGACCCAUGCUUUGGCCUACUAAAGGUCCGGUUACUCACGCUGGAGCAGCCAACGCCGGAUGAAGAUGACGACCAUGAAUCCGACGAGUUCAUCACCUUCAACCCUGCCUUUGAUUUGCCGUCACUUGGAGAAACGAUUUCAUUCAUACUCUCCACCCGCUUCGGCAUAGAUCGUCCAUGGAGCGACUCCAUCGGUCUUCAGAUCUUUACGGCCGCUCUCGAGGAACUUGAAGGUGACGAAGGCCGUUUCGGGUUACUGGGAGAGAUGGUGUUAGAAACUGUCGGAGACUCGCCGGAAGAAGAACGGAGGUCGCCGGCGUGGGAACUGGAUUUCGACGGUGUUCUUAGGGUUCUGGGUUUGGAGGCGGCGGAAUAUCACGUCGGAGAUCGGGAAGCCGAUUAUAUGGAUAAUACUAUUUUGUCUACCCUUCGGGCGGCGGCGUAUGAUGAAGUGGAAGGCGAAGACGGUGAUAUGGGGUGGAUGGAAAUCAUGGAAUUAUUGAAGGAGGAAGUUUUUGGUGGGGCGGCGGAGAAACGUGCAGCGUGUGUUUGGAAGGGUUUUGCAAAGGGGACGUGGUCACUCUGCUGCCGCCAUGUUGGCAUAGAUUUCACAACGCUUGCAUCCUUCCGUGGCUGCGAAGAAAACACACGUGUCCUCUUUGCCGAAGCAACAUAUCCAGUGGCAUUUAAUUUGUAAUUACUGACUAGGUUAUUACCGAGUACUUUGAGUUCUUUCCCUGAAAAUAAUACGGAGGAUUAUUCACAAAAUCUAUUUUCUAGAUUUACAUAAUGAUUGUUUGAAUUAAUCUAUAUAAAAG